AGGGAGGGCGUGAGCAUUCUGGGAAGAAGGAAUGGGGCCGCCGGCGGGGCCAGGGCGCUGCGGAGGGCAGCAAUCCUGGGGGCCCGGCGGGCGGGGGAGGCUAGGAUGCGGGGCUCCGGCCCGGGAUCCGGAAGAGGGUCGCGGGGACCCACGCGAGCACAAGUCCAGGGUCUGCGUUGGUGCGGGCGUGGGGGAGGGGGGGGCCGGGGCCGGGGCGGCUGCAUUCCCGCAGCUGCCUCCAUGUCAGGGUCACCCUGGGCCGUUCUCCACCCCUCUCUGCGAGGCAGCCUCCUCCUCCUGUCCUUCCCUCCCACCUUCCCUCCGCGGUGGGGCCGCCCGAGGUCCAAGGCCGGUGCCCCGCGGCCUGUGCCUGGGUGGGCUCCCACCACUUCUUGCCUCCCUCCGUCUUCCUACUUUCCUACUCCAUGGCGGCCUUGGCUUUAACCCCUUCCCUUCUGCUCGGGACCGCUGAGCUUGAAUUUCUUGGGACAAUCAAGGGUGCCUGGAACACUGGGCAGUCCUGAGCUCUGGGAUGGAGCCUGAGACGGCGCUGUGGGGCCCCGAUCUGCAGGGUCCUGAACAGAGCCCCAGCGAUGCUCACAGAGGUGCCGAGAGUGGGAACGAAGAGGAGAACGCUCAGCCGGAAAGUUCUGGGGAGGAGAUCAUCUUGGGAGAUCCAGCUCAGAGUCCAGAAUUCAAGGACCCAUCAGAGAUGCCCCCGGAGAGACCUUCCCAGGAUCCGACAGUCCCUCAGGACUCCCCAACCCCACUGGGUCACCCCAACCCCUUGGACCAGCAGACCGCUCUGGAUCCCCCCGCCCCUGAGGUAGUCCCUACGCCCUCGGACUGGACCAAGGCCUGUGAGGCCAGCUGGCAGUGGGGGACUCUGACCACGUGGAACAGCCCCCCGGUGGUCCCAGCCAAUGAGCCCAGCCUCCGGGAGCUGGUGCAGGGCCGCCCUUCUGGGGCGGAGAAGCCCUACAUCUGCAACGAGUGCGGCAAGAGCUUCAGCCAGUGGUCCAAGCUGCUGCGGCACCAGCGCAUCCACACGGGCGAGCGGCCCAACACCUGCUCCGAGUGCGGCAAGAGCUUCACGCAGAGCUCGCACCUGGUGCAGCACCAGCGCACGCACACCGGCGAGAAGCCCUACAAGUGCCCGGACUGCGGCAAGUGCUUCAGCUGGAGCUCCAACCUGGUGCAGCACCAGCGCACGCACACGGGCGAGAAGCCCUACAAGUGCACGGAGUGCGAGAAGGCCUUCACCCAGAGCACCAACCUCAUCAAGCACCAGCGCUCGCACACGGGCGAGAAGCCGUACAAGUGCGGCGAGUGCCGGCGCGCCUUCUACCGCAGCUCGGACCUCAUCCAGCACCAGGCCACGCACACGGGCGAGAAACCCUACAAGUGCCCCGAGUGUGGCAAGCGCUUCGGCCAGAACCACAACCUCCUCAAGCACCAGAAGAUCCACGCCGGCGAGAAGCCGUACCGCUGCACCGAGUGCGGCAAGAGCUUCAUCCAGAGCUCGGAGCUGACCCAGCACCAGCGCACGCACACCGGCGAGAAGCCCUACGAGUGCCUGGAGUGCGGCAAGAGCUUCGGCCACAGCUCCACCCUCAUCAAGCACCAGCGGACCCACCUGCGCGAGGACCCGUUCAAGUGCCCCGUGUGCGGCAAGACCUUCACGCUGAGCGCCACGCUGCUGCGGCACCAGCGCACGCACACGGGCGAGCGGCCCUACAAGUGCCCCGAGUGCGGCAAGAGCUUCAGCGUCAGCUCCAACCUCAUCAACCACCAGCGCAUCCACCGCGGCGAGCGGCCCUACAUCUGCGCGGACUGCGGCAAGAGCUUCAUCAUGAGCUCCACCCUCAUCCGCCACCAGCGCAUCCACACGGGCGAGAAGCCUUAUAAGUGCUCCGACUGCGGCAAGAGCUUCAUCCGCAGCUCCCACCUCAUCCAGCACCGGCGAACGCACACGGGCGAGAAGCCCUACAAGUGCCCCGAGUGCGGCAAGAGCUUCAGCCAGAGCUCCAACCUCAUCACCCACGUGCGCACGCACAUGGAUGAGAACCUGUUCGUGUGCUCCGACUGCGGGAAGGCCUUCCUGGAGGCGCACGAGCUGGAGCAGCAUCGGGUGGUCCACGAGAGGGGCAAGACCCCGGCGCGCAGAGCUCAGGGCGACAGCCUGCUGGGGCUGGGCGACCCCGCCCUGCUGACACCGCCCCCAGGAGCCAAACCACACAAGUGUCUUGUCUGCGGAAAGGGCUUCAACGACGAGGGCAUCUUCAUGCAGCAUCAGCGGAUCCACAUCGGAGAAAACCCCUACAAAAACUCGGAUGGCCUCAUCGCACACCCAGCCCCCAAGGCGCCUCAGUUCCGACCCCCCAGGCUCCCCUUCGGAGGCAAUUCCUACCCAGGAGCUGCGGAGGGCCGAGCUGAACCCCCCGGACAGCCCUUUAAAAUGCCCGAGGGGCAGGAGAGCUUCAGCCAAAGGCUGGGCCUGCUCUCUUCCAAGUCCUACAUUUGUUCCCACUGUGGAGAAAGUUUUCUGGAUCGGGCUGUGCUCCUCCAGCAUCAGCUCACCCACGGCAAUGAAAAGCCCUUUCUCUUCCCUGAUUAUAGGAUUGGUCUAGGGGAAGGGGCCGGGCCCAGCCCCUUCCUAAGUGGAAAGCCCUUUAAAUGCCCUGAAUGCAAAAAGAGCUUUGGCCUCAGCUCUGAGCUGUUGCUGCACCAGAAAGUCCACGCAGGUGGGAAAUCCCAGAAGAGUCCGGAGCUGGGGAAGAGCUCUUCUGUCCUCCUGGAGCACCUCAGGAGCCCCCUGGGGGCCAGGCCCUACAGCUGCUCAGACUGUGGGGCCUCCUUUCUUGAUCGCCUGGCGCUCACCCGGCACCAGGAGACCCACACCCAAGAAAAGCCCCCCACACCUGAGGAUCCCCCUCCAGAAUCAGCCACCCUGUCCACCGGCCAGGAAAGUGCGGCAGAGGCCCCCACCCCCACGGGGAGUGGCCACCAUGGGGACGGGGAAAACCCCAAGACCCUCUUGGAAGAAAAGCCCUAUUUGUGCCCUGAGUGUGGAGACGGCUUCACGGAAGUCGCAGCCCUCCUCCUACAUCGGAGCUGCCACCCCGGGGUCACCUUGUGAAAUGGGUCUCUGGAGACCAAGGGCCUCUCUCUCCUGAGAGGAACACUGGCUCUCCCCAGAGAUGGUGUGGGGGAAAGGAGGAAAACCCUAUCAGGUUGUAGAGAAGCGGAGGAUAAAGGACCCGGGGUAAAAAUAGUUCUUUUACAUCAGUGACGAGAAACCCUAUAAAAAUGUUGGUGGGAACCACUUAAUAAGGCAGUAGAGAAAAACUGUUGGGUUAGAAACCCUAUAAAUAUGUAGGAAAAAAAAAAAAAGCCCUUUAAGUCUGUAGCAGAAAAACCCUAUAAACCAUAGUGGAUAAAAGCCCUAUUAAUUGUAGGAAGAGGUCCCAAUACGUCUCUAGGCAACCCUAUAAAACUGUAUCAAAAUCCUUGUGAAACUAUAGGGUCGGGGAAGUGCAGGGAAUCCAGUGGCAUUGACUUGAAAGGAGUGACCCUCAGAAGGUGUAGCAGAGCCUCCCAUGAACUUGUCCCGCAGUGUUCCCUCCCCCUGGAGUUCGGAGGGGGCCUCUCUCCCAGAAGCCUUGGCAGUGACACUGAGGAAAAUGCUUAGCUGGGGACUAGUGUGGGGGGAGGUGAAAAACAAGGGAGGAGGAGCCCCCAGGCCCACAGAGAAGAAACCACCUGGGGAAGGAGGAGAAACUAGGAGGAGAAAGUUCAGCUCGCUGCCCUGGGGCUUCCUCAGGGGAUGAGGCCGAUCUUAGGUGAUCGCAUGUUAGAGGAAGAGGCCCACGGAAUUCCUUAGGAGGAAGAACCCAAAAAUGGGGAAGGAAAAAAAAAAGUGAUGUCAAGCCUUUUUAAAGGCUUAAGUUUGGGGUGCAUAGGAACUUCAAAGAACACUGGGAAACCACCACAAUAGGGGGCAGGGAGGGAUUUCUGUUAGGGUGCUUUGAGGAAAGCAAGCCAAGGUGAAGUGGUGUCUGGAUGGAGGCCAGCAGACUCGGGGCUGCCCAGUGCUCCCCGUUUCUGGGAGCUUGUUAAGCUGCAAGUGCAAGCAGAUCCCAGCUCCAGCCACCAGGGCUGUCCCCCCCGGCCAGGCAGGACGGGGGACUUCGACUCCAAGAGGCCUCCCCAGAUGGAGGGUCCCGCCUACCCAUUCUCAGGUCUCGCCGUCAGGAGCGGUCUCCUGCCAUCUAACUGCCACCAGACUCGCUGCCGUGGCAGCUCGCAUCCUCGAAUUCUGCCCUCAGUGGAGAGGGGGAACCCGCUGCUAGUCGACCUCCAAAGAAUAAAGCCCUUCAGAGACUCAAGGCUUGUGUGUGGUUAAAUCCUCCCUAGACUUCUCUUCUCCGAGUCAAAAGAGCCACGUGUCAGUUCUCUGUGGCCACGAGGGACAGCGAGUCGACAGAACAGCGCUCGGAUUAGCUGGCAACCUGCUUUUUUAAGCCUCACUCUUCCAUCUGAGCUGUUAGCCAGGCUGCUGGUGGGAUGAGCCAGCCGGCACAUAGUGGUGGGCAUCCAGACACCCCACAGAUGGGGCCACGGGUCCCUGAAGAGCAUCCAGAGGCCUGACCACCUUCCUCACCCUGGUACUUGGAGUGCUCUGAGGUGGUGAUGACCCAGCCCGAUCGUGGCCUUGGAAGGGGACAGAUCCCACCCUCCUGGGCUCCUCUCCUCCUUAGCCAGAAACCUCCAGAGGGAAAUGGAAGGAUGAGAAACCCGCUCCCCUGCCAGCCCCAUCUCCCGUCCUCACACACACACAGUAAUGCCCUUUCAUUAACCCAGCCGAGCCCGCUAACAUAACUGGGUGUGUGUGUGUGGCGGCAGGGGUUGGGGGGAUACAGAGACUGCUGCCCUAGGAAAUGGUCAAGUGGAAACUCUCGCGACACCUGUAAUAAGAACCACCCUCUAACCCAGGAGACUCUUAAAGGAGAGGACUCCGUCCAGUGCUGGGUCCAAAGGAAGUGCCCGUGGGCCCCAUGCUGGUCCUCGACUCAGAGAACUGAGAUGCUAGGUGAGGGGGCCUUUCCCUGGAGAGGGCGACCCGCAUUCCUCAGAGCUGUGGAAGAGACCUCUAAUCCCACGACCUAAAAGCCUGAAUGGUGAAAGCACUUCACCCUUCAUCUCUCCUGCCCGCCCGAAGUGAUGACCUUAAAUUCAAAGGAUCAAAAUCUAGAACACUGUAGGAGGAAAAACCCAGGCCUGGUGGGGAGAAGGGAGAGGCAGGCCUUGGAUAAUUGUGGGGAGACACUUGUCACCAUCUGCAUAAAGCCCCAGCCCACCCAAGCGCCAGGCCAGAAAGCACUACUGAGAGGGGAGAAGGAAUCUGCCCGCCGAAUCUCUACUGACCGAAGCAUCAGCAGAGGGGGUGUCCCUGUGAGACUAAGGAAGAGGAGACAGUCCUCCAAGUCAAAGCAGAUUUGUUCUAGGAUGGUAGUAGAAAGAAACCAGUUGUAGAGACAAAGCCCUUGUAAAGCUAGAAACAGCUCCCCUUGGAAACAGGUCUGAGGACUCUGUCUUCGGAAGAGUCCUGGAGAGCAGCCUGUGGGGCUCCAGGGCCAGUCUGGGGUGGUAGCGGGUGAGGUGGUCAGUGUGGUCGAAGGCCAGCCGUCAGCCUGUUGAGGACUAGGGUGUAGCAUACAUAGUAGGACGCUUGCAUGUGUAGGGAUUGGUGAGGGCCAGCAGUCUUGGCUCCGGUACUGAAUGGAUGACGUGGGCAUGACUAGUUGGGGUCCGGGGUUUUGUAGCAGGAAAGGGGCCGAAUCAGAGACCUUUGGGGCCUGACUUGUUCUCUCUUGCCCACCUCCCCAAACUUCUUUACCCAGGUGCUUCCCUCCCAGAGCGAGCUGCAUCUUGGGAGGAACUAAGCAGGGAGUGGCCUGGGGAGGUGGCCUCUGGCCAGAUGAGGCAAAGGCCCAGGGGACGGUCGUGGCACAUGCCCACCAGAACUUAGUCCAAAAGGUGCAGCAUAGCCAAAUCCUCUUGUCCGGCUCCUCGCAGGCCUGGCUUCAGGCUUCAGAAGUGCCCUGGGGGAGGAGCCCAACAGACAGGUCACAGGGUCACUGGCGAAAGCAGAGGGGAGAGUAGACACUGAUCUGAGCUUAGGGUGCAACUUGAACCUCUAUGGCUGUGGAGGUCACAUGGGAACUCGACAGAACUGGGCAUGGAUCCUGAAUGGUGGGGACAUUUGAAACGGUCACAGCCAAGAGGGGAGAUUCCAUGACACCUGCUCAGGAGGCGAGCAGCCCCCAGACUCCUUUGCCCCUAUUAGGGAAGCCCCACUCAACCUGACUUGUCCCCGUGGAGUGAAGAGAGGCCCCACUUUUGAGUGUUGUGUGUCAAUAACAGUGUUGUGUCACCGGUGGUCAUGUUGAUUAGUUGAAGAGAAUAAAGGGAAUAAGAUUUCCCAGGUG